AUGAGGCAUUCGUUGGCUCUCGGGCUGCUGCAGACAUGCAUCCUGCCACGGGCUGCCCGCGCCCUUGUUGGCAUCGACACCGACAUGUGGAAACCGCCUUGCGCCUACGCCUGCUCUCAAGCCUUAGCCCCGUUUAUGCUGUCAUGUUCCGUUCAUGAUAUGUCGGAAGAGGGCCACGGUCAUGACGGCGGCAUGAUGAUGACGUCUCCGUCGUGCCGCGCGGGAGACACGGCCUAUCUGACGACGCUCGCUAUGUGUUUGCACAUGAAGUGCGCCGAGUUAUACUCUAUUCCUACCUGGUCUCUGGAGAAGUACUGGGCAGAACAGGCCACAGGGGACCCGUCGGUUCCCGCGAAAUGGGAUUACGCAACUGCCCUAGCCAGCAUAUCCCAUCACCCAACGAGAGAACUUGGACCCGAGGAGAGGCUCAACUUCACGGCACUCGUUCCCGAGUCGGAUUGGGAGAGUCAGCUGGGCACGAUGGUCACCAUGGAGUAUGAAGAAAUAAUACAUCCAAGAUAUGGGAUCGUGAUACUGGUUACGGGCUUUGGGACGCCAGUGGUGCUCACAUGGCUGGGCUACCUCCCGUAUAUGACCGGGAUACUCGAGAAGAUCAAACCAUACCUCGUCUACCCGAGCGCCGUGGGAACAUACCAGGUGCGGCCUCUGCCUUAUCUUCUCGGCAAUGCGCCCACCGUCGGACAGGCACUCUACAUCGCCCUCAUGGUUGUGCUCAACGUCGUGCUCAGCGCCGUCAACUAUCGCUCGUUUCAGCCCAACGUCUGGUACACCAAUCAGUGGCGCGAGAUCAUGUCGUAUGUGCUCUACCGAACGGGAACACUCGCUUUUGCGCUGCUUCCGCUUGUGAUUCUUUUCUCGACGAGGAAUAACGUCCUCCUGUGGCUGAGCGACUGGUCGCAUGCGACUUACCUGUUGCUGCACCGUUGGGUGGCGCGCAUCUUUGCCAUACAGGCAAUCCUUCACUCGAUCCUGGCGCUGGUCAUUUACCGCGACACCGGGGCGUACCCGGCCGAAGAGAAGCUCGACUACUGGAUCUGGGGCGCGGUUGCCACAGUGGCGGCUAGCAUCAUGCUGGUCGGCAGUGGACUGUACGUGCGACGUUGGUCGUACGAGAUCUUUCUCAUCACCCACAUUCUCCUUGCCGUUUUCGUCGUCGUUGGCUGUUGGUACCAUGUCGAGCUCAGGUUCCAGAGAAAGUAUGGUUACGAGAUGUGGAUAUACGCGGCAUGUGCAGUCUGGUUCUUUGAGCGUCUAGUCCGCGUACUGCGCGUACUCAAAGCCGGCGUACAUCGCGCCCGGAUAACCGAGGUUGGCGACGACAUCGUCCGAGUCGACAUCGCGGGUGUCCGCUGGGGCACUGUUCCUGGCCAGCACGCGUACAUAUACUUCCCGACUCUCAACCCGCUGCGGCCGUGGGAAAACCACCCGUUCUCGAUUCUCUCCACGACGCAUCUGCAUCCGCCUUCCCGCUUUACCCAGCAGCAUGAAGCCAGCCCAACCACAUCGCCGCCAUCGGAUCGGGCCAGUGAUGAUGCCGUCGAAAAGGGGCACGGCACAACAACAACAACAAUUACAACAAACAACACCACCACAACACGAGCAUGCAAUGCAACCCCUGCGCCAGCUGGCAUAACUUUUUUCAUCCGCAAAUCAGCCGGCAUGACGCGCUCUCUGCGCGCUACUACACACGAAGGAGGCCUCGGCGUCGUCGCACUGCUCGACGGACCGUACCCGAACAACCCCAACACUGGCGCGGUGCUCUCAUGCGACCGGGUGCUGCUGAUUGGCGGCGGGAUAGGCAUCACGGCCUUACUUCCCUGGGCAUGCAGCAGCGGCCACCCCAACGUCAAACUGUGCUGGAGCGUGCGGCGGACGGCCUCGGGGGAAGGGCUCGUCCGGGCGCUUGAGCAUGCUCUGCCCGCAGAGAAAGAUGUCAGGAUUGGUAAGAGGGUCGACGUUGAUGGAUUGUUGCAAGAGGAGGUGCGCGCCGGGUGGCGGAGGAUUGGAGUUGUGGCCUGUGGUCCUGCAGGGCUUUGUGAUGAUGUGAGGGAUAAGGUUGCACGGAUGGGGAGAGAGGAGGGGAGGAAGCGUGGGGUGGUGUUUGUGUUGGAGGUUGAUGCUUAUUCUUGGUGA